AUGUCAACCACCACGCCCACCCAGCUCCGCGCCGUCUACUCAGCCCCGCAACAGCAAUCCCGCACCUUCGAACAACCCAUCGCUGCCCCUCUCCCUUCUUCAGCCGGGUCCUCCUCUUCCGACAACGUCAAAGCCAAGGUGACGUAUCUGGCCGAGCUGCGCAAACAGGUGCCUACUCUACAAAACGAGAUCAACGUCUUCCUGACCGAGAAGAUGGAGGAGGACAAGAAGGCCGCCGACGCCCAGGGUCGUCAACUGUCCGAAAAGGAAGCCAAGGAGGAAGAGAACUACGGCGAGGAGGUCGUGGAAGAGGAUGAUGCUUGA